AUGAGUGAUAGGAAGCGUGCCAACGGCGGAGAGGCCUCUAGCACGAAAAGACUGCGACUGGAAGUCCAGCAAACGCUAUACAUUAAGAAUCUUAAUGAUAAAAUCCCAAAACAUACCAUAAAGCAUACAUUGUAUCUUCUAUUUUCAACAUAUGGAGAUGUGCUUGAGAUAUCGAUGCCCAAGAAAAUGCGUGGACAAGCUCACGUGGUGCUUGAUUGCAAACAACUGGCGAAUAAUGCUUUAAGAGGACUCCAGAAAACAUCCGUGUUUGGAAAAGAACUACAUAUUGACUAUGCCAAGUCCAAGACCAAGCUUGUUGAAAACAUCGAGAGACAGAUAGAGGAAGAGACGUGA